UACAGGCAGUAUUUAUGGGCAGCAGUCUCCCCCUGCUGUUACAGCUGCUCGGUUCGGUCCAGUCAGUGAGCGCGGUGCGGCGUGCAGCGCGCACGAGCCUCCUGGACGUGUCUGUUCGAGAACUCUCUUCAUUUUUUUGGAAGUCUUCUGUCGGUGCCGGAAGCGCGGAGGCUGCAACGGUGGAAGAUCCAGAUCUGAGGGAAAGCAGAGCAGACCCUGUCCUCCUUGACUGAAGAGGAAAUCACAACCAGCGCUUUCACCACACCAACACUUUUGACCUUCAUCAUGCAGCCCUUCCCUUUUUUCUUCUUCUCCCCCUUCCUCCUCUUCCUCAUCCCCAGCUGCUCCACGCAGAGUGAGGCCGACUUUAUCGUUCAGACAAAAAGUGGGCGUGUUAGGGGUUUCCAGGUGACAGUGCCAGACCAAAGCCGCCCAGUCGUCGGCUUUUUGGGAAUACCGUUUGGGGAGCCACCGGUGGGAAAGAGGCGUUUUCGGCCCGCUGAGCCAAAGCGCCCUUGGCAGGGCGUGUACAAAGCCGACUCCUACCCUAAUGCAUGUUUCCAGUUUGUUGACAAAUCUUAUCCUGGCUUUCCGGGCAUAGAGAUGUGGAAUCCCAACAGGGAGAUGAGCGAGGACUGCCUGUACCUCAACAUCUGGGUGCCCUCAUCGGUCAAACCACAUAAUCUGCCAGUUAUGGUUUGGAUCUAUGGGGGAGGGUUCUACAGUGGUUCUUCUUCGUUGGACGUGUAUGAUGGUCGCUACCUAGCCAGUGUGGAGAAUGUUAUUGUGGUAUCGAUGAACUACCGCAUUGGUGCGUUUGGCUUCCUUGCUCUGGAUGGGACAUCGGAGGCUCCUGGGAAUGUGGGUCUGCUGGACCAGAGGAUGGCCCUGCAGUGGGUGCAGAACAACAUUGCUUCCUUUGGAGGAGACCCCAGACAGGUGACCAUCUUUGGUGAAAGUGCUGGUGGUGCCUCCGUGGGAUACCAUCUGUUGUCUCCAGGCAGUAGGCCUCUUUUCACCCGGGCCAUUCUCCAGAGCGGGGUCCCCAACUGUCCCUGGGCCUCAGUCACCUAUGCUGAGGCUCGGAGGCGUGCCACACAGUUGGCCAAUGCGGUCGGCUGUAAUGGAGGCAAUGACACUGAACUGGUGGACUGUCUGCGGGGUAAAACUCCACAGGAGCUUAUUGAUCAGGAAUGGCAGGUGCUGCCAUGGACCGCCCUCUUCCGGUUUUCCUUUGUACCGGUUGUGGAUGGGGAGGUUCUUCCUGACGCUCCUGAGGCCAUGGUGAAUUCAGGGGACUUUAAAGACACCCAGAUCCUUCUGGGAGUCAACCAGGAUGAGGGCUCCUACUUUCUGCUAUACGGAGCACCUGGCUUCAGCAAGGACAACGACAGCCUUAUUUCCAGAAAAGACUUCCUAGCAGGGGUCAAGAUGGGUGUACCACACGCAAACGACAUUGGUCUGGAGGCAGUGGUGCUGCAGUACACGGACUGGAUGGACGAGAACAACGGGGAGAAAAACCGCGAUGCCAUGGAUGACAUCGUGGGCGACCACAAUGUCAUCUGUCCACUGGCUCUCUUUGCUUCCUCUUAUGCCAGACACCACGCUGAAAAGGCUAACAACGGUUUUGGACACUUGAACAAUGCAGGAAAUUCACAAGGAGGGGUUUACCUUUACCUCUUUGAUCACCGCGCCUCCAAUCUGGCCUGGCCCGAGUGGAUGGGCGUGAUCCAUGGCUACGAAAUCGAGUUUGUCUUCGGCCUGCCGCUGGAGAAGAGACUCAAUUACACCUCAGAGGAGGAGAAACUGAGUCGACGCAUGAUGAGAUAUUGGGCCAACUUCGCACGAACAGGGAAUCCCAACGAAGGAAUUCCUGACCGAGGACGGCGGUGGCCCGUCUUCACCCUCAGCGAGCAGAAACACGUCGGGCUCAACACCGAACCCAUGAAGAUCCACAAAGGUCUGCGCAACCAGAUGUGUGCGUUCUGGAACCGCUUCCUGCCGCGCCUCCUCAACAUCACCGACAACAUCGACGAGGCCGAGCGUCAGUGGAAGGUGGAGUUUCACCGCUGGUCCUCCUACAUGAUGCACUGGAAGAGUCAGUUUGACCACUACAGCAAACAGGAGCGCUGCGCCGAACUCUGAGAGGCUGAGCGCCGCAGUCGGCCCUCCAGAGCCCCCCCCCCCAGUCUCGUCCCAUCUCAAACACACACACACAAACCCGAGCGACGCUCAUCCUUAUUUAUUUUUAUUUAUUGUAUCGAUUAAAUGUUGUCCGUCUGGGUUUGUGUGUGUGUUGUGCAGGGGGGGGGCUACAGAGGGACUCGAUGCAAAGGGUAACAGUGGCUCAUUACCUCGUGUGCGAGUGUGUGCUGGUUUUUCUGUAAACACUCCUGUUCAUGAUCGUCUCAUCACGGUUCUUUCCAGAAUAAAUCAGGGUUUGCUUCUUUGUGUUCAGAGUAUAAACUGUUCAGGACCACGACCUCCAUCAGCGCCGCAGGCUUCGCUCCGUCACUGUCGCGCCGCCGCUCUUCCCGCCUCACCCGUCGGCGUUCGGACCAACCGCCGGCUUUCUUUACGCUCACUUUGGCUUCCGGCCAAACUCAGACUGCGCGUGUUUGUGUGUGUGUUGGUGCCGUUUAUCAUGUCGAAAACACCUGCCAUGUAUUUCACCAACAUCCCUUCUUCGUCCGUCUCGUUCUGCCUCCUCUUCCUCUCCUCCCGUUCGUCUGCCCGUUCUCCCCCUCCUCAUCUUUUGUCCCCCUCCCCUUUCAUCUUCCUCAGUUUUUCCUUCCCUCCUUUCAUCCUUCCUCUAACCCUCCCAAGCCUUUGUUUACGCCCUUUUUCCCAUCCUUUUAACUCCUCCAACUCCGUGCUGCUUCUGCUCUCGCCAUCCUUCCCCAUCCACCACCCCCCCCCCCUCCACCCGCCGUUCUCCUGCGCUCUUGUUAGCCUAAUGGAGGCAGAGUAAUUCACUCAGCGGCAGAUAAUGUGGCAGAGCGCUGGCUCAGCCUCCGGCUCGCGGCCAACGCGUCGUGACGGGUUGAUGGAAAAUGAAACAGAAAAGGUAGAGAGCAAGCGGUGGCGGAGAUGAGGGGAGCUAACAGAGAGAAGGAGGGGGCGGAGAUAUGAUGGAGAGAUGAGGCGACAGAGGUGUACGUGGUUGCAUAACAGCAGAGGGGGGAGUCUGCAGCAUCUGAAUGUGGCACUGACAGCAGAGGUUUUCAAACAAAGUUUCGCUCUCUGCUUCCACACAAAGCUCUGCACUCCUCUUUUCUGACCUUUUUACAACAUGAAGUCUUUAUUUGCAUUCUUUUAUCACGCCCAACUUUCUGUUUUUAUUGUGGCUUAGACUCGGUCACUUCAGCUCUUGUUUGCAAAACAAUAAAAAACUGAUUUCUACACCGCCUGCGCCCCCUGGUGGCUAGUUACUGCACUGUUAUGGUCCUGAAUUCAUUUGUUUCACACGCAGACAUACAGGUUCGUCUUACUUGUGCUUAGUUGUCAUUCUGCAGCAUCUUCAGAAGUAUUCCUGUCUCCUGGUGUGACUGCAUCCAGAUCAUUAAGAAGAAUCUGUGCAGAUCGCAGUGGGACGAACAGGAGAGCCAAUGGUGUACCGGAAAGACGAAACCCAAACAAUGGCCUGAGUUUAUGUGUGUCAGAGUCAGUUCCUGCAGGGGAACUUGGGGUCUGAGUCUGGAUCGGGUUCAGUUUGUGAUUUAAAUGCGUCUGUCAGCAUGUCGAGCUUCUGUCGCUGGCUGCAAGUUGAUCAAAAGGUCUUGAUGUGGAGUAAAGAUUGAAGUUCGUGUCUCCUCAAAGGGGGGAAUGCAUGAAAGACAGCUCCUCCAGCCCCGUUCAUCCAGUAGAAAAGCCCACCUGAGCGCCGCCUCUUCCUGUCCAGCCCUCUGCAUGUUCUUCAUCCUCAGUGCAUCCUGCUGAACUCGGACUGUUACUUCCUGUGAAAUUUGUACUGUUCAACUAUUAACCCAUAAAUGAAUAUAUAUAAAUAUAUAUAUAUAUAUUUAAUCUUAGUGAUGUUUGAUGUUAGCAAUAAAUACAUUAGUAAAGGAAUAUAUUUAAUAUUUAAAUACAGUAAAGUUGAAAUCAGCAACAAGGACUGAUACAGUGGUGUUUUCAAAGCAAUAUUAUUCAGAGUAUAAAUGAACUACGAGUGCCAUAAAAGCUGAAACCCUUCGUAUUUUUCUGCCUUGUCGUUGUUGGUCCCAGUGUCGAUGACUGUAAACACUGAAGGCUUCUGCAGCUUCCUUCUCUGUCGCUGUGUAUCAUGAAUGCUGGUUUGACGACGCUAAAACAUCACAAAUAAAGACACCCUGCUGCA